GCCUUCCAGACCUCCUCAUGGCCCCCCUCCCUUGAGGAGGCCUGGCAGCUGUGCUGAGCCCUCACUAUGAACGCCAUCGUUGCCCUGUGCCAUUUCUGUGAGCUCCACGGCCCUCGCACCCUGUUCUGCACCGAGGUCCUGCACUCGCCACUCCCUCAGGGUGCCAGCAGCGGGGACAUCUCCGGGCAGAAUGAGCAGGCAGAAGAGGAGGAAUGUGGGAUUCAGAUGAGCAGUCGGAUCCGCUCGCACAGCCCGGCUGAAGGGGCCAGCGCCGACUCCAGCAGCCCAGGGCCAAAGAAGUCAGACAUGUGUGAGGGCUGCCGCUCUCUUGCAGGAGGACACCCAGGGUACGUCAGCCACGACAAAGAAACCUCCAUCAAGUACGUCAGCCACCAGCACCCAAACCACCCCCAGCUGUUCAGCAUCGUGCGCCAGGCCUGCGUCCGCAGCCUCAGCUGUGAGGUCUGCCCAGGACGUGAAGGCCCUAUUUUUUUUGGAGAUGAACAGCAUGGUUUUGUGUUCAGCCACACCUUCUUUAUCAAAGACAGCCUGGCCCGAGGUUUCCAGCGCUGGUACAGCAUCAUCACCAUCAUGAUGGACCGGAUUUACCUCAUCAACUCCUGGCCUUUCUUGUUGGGAAAGAUCAGAGGCAUCAUUGAUGAGCUCCAGGGCAAAGCACUGAAGGUGUUUGAAGCAGAGCAGUUUGGGUGCCCUCAGCGUGCCCAGCGCAUGAACACGGCCUUCACCCCCUUCCUGCACCAGCGCAACGGCAACGCCGCGCGCUCCCUGACGUCCCUGACCAACGACGAGAACCUCUGGGCCUGCCUGCACACCUCCUUUGCUUGGCUUCUGAAGGCUUGUGGUAGCAGGCUUACAGAGAAGCUUCUGGAGGGAGCACCCACAGAAGACACCCUUGUUCAGAUGGAAAAACUUGCAGAUCUGAAAGAAGAGUCGGAAGGCUGGGAUGGUUCUGAGGAAGAAGAGAAGCCUUCUUCCCAGCCAGAUGUUGUGGAAGGGCAGGAGCUGUCCAAAGGCUCCCCUGAAACAUCUCUGAUGCCAGAUUGCAACAGCUGGAACGUAGCUCACAGAAGGUUGUCUGUCUUUCGCUCUCUCAGGCACAUGAGACAGGUUCUUGGGGCAUCAGCAUUCCGAAUGCUGGCUUGGCAUGUCCUGAUGGGGAACCAGGUCAUCUGGAAAGCUCAGGAUAUGGACCUUGUCCAGUCUGCCUUUGAUGUCCUACGGACGAUGCUGCCCAUCGGGUGCGUGCGGAUCAUCCCCUACAGUGACCAGUAUGAGGAAGCCUAUCGGUGCAACUUCCUGGGCCUGAGCCCACACGUCCAAAUCCCACCCCACAUCCUGUCAUCUGAGUUUGCAGUCCUCGUGGAAGUCCGUGCUGCCACCCGUUCCAGCCUCUACCCAACCCUGUUUGAUGAUGAGCAGUCCCUCAACAAGUACGAGUUUGUUGUCACCAGUGGGAGCCCCGUUGCAGCAGACAGAGUUGGCCCAACAAUCUUGAACAAGAUUGAGGCUGCCCUGACCAACCAGAACCUCUCUGUGGAUGUUGUGGAUCAGUGCCUUGUUUGCCUGAAGGAGGAGUGGAUGAAUAAAGUGAAAGUCCUCUUUAAAUUCACUAAAGUGGACAGCAGACCCAAGGAGGAUACCCAAAAACUGCUGAGCAUUCUGGGAGCUGCAGAGGAGGACAAUGUCAAACUUCUCAAGUUCUGGAUGACCGGCCUGAGCAAGACGUACAAAUCCCACCUGAUGUCAACAGUUCGCAGCCCGACGUCCUCAGAGUCCCGGAAUUAAAGGGUGCCCAACCUCCCCUGCUUCCUUCAGAGAAGGGCAGGGAACCCUGGUUACCUCUGCUGAGCCUGCAGCAUGUGCUUUUAGGUGGAUAGUGAGGCUUCAUCACUAUUCUCCUGGUCCUCAGACCAACUUGAAGAGUGACUUGAGUCUUUUCUACUUGCUGUGAGACUGGACUAAUAAGUGCUAAUCCACAGUGCUGCUGUCUCUCCUGGAUCUCAGCUCUCAAUCUAGACGUGCACACUCAAGACUAAAACACAGCAAUGCUCAAAGAAUCAGCUAAAUUAAUUAAAAUCCCAUCCUGUCCUCAUUAAGCACCAUGGUGUGGCAGCAGGCCUCACCUUUAGGUUCUUUGGCAGGCCUGUGACAACAUCCAGAACUCCUGGGAGGGCAUAUGGUUAAUCUCACUGAAAUCCCACAUAAAUCUCCUAAAUGCCUGAGAGAACAAGAACCAAAAAUAAGAGGCACGUCACAGGGUAUGGAUCACAUGUAAAUUAUUUCAAACCACUUCGUGCUCAGAUUUAAGAGACUAUUUUCUGCUGUAGCAUAAGUCAGGACAUCCCAUGGGAGUCCUGUCACUCCUCUUUAUUUAUUUAUAUCUUAACUUGAGACGGUUUUAGCAUUUGCUUUGGAAAUCUUGUCUGGGAGGGUGAAUUAUAAAAUAAGUCUAAAAAUGCAGCCUGCUUGCCUCUCAGAGAGGAAAAUACUCGCCUUGUUUUGCCUGUGGUUGCAGAACUUCCAGGUAAUGAAGAUAACCUCACCAGGAUAAGGUUCUCUUCUGUCUUUUUUAGCUUCCUUAAGUUAAGCAGAAGAGAUUCAACCUGUAGGUGCUCCCUUAUAUAACUAUAUAGUAGCCAUUUUUGCUUAAUAGUUCAUGAAAACAUUGGUGCAUUUUUUAAUUACCUAGCUAGAUAUUCCUUAUCUGUACUGUAAGGAAUCACUGUUUCUGUUGUGAAGUCUGGGGUUUGUGUCCUUUGUUGGUUUUUUUGGUGCGUUUUUUUUGGUUGGUUUUUUGGGGUUUUUUUUGGUUUUCUGGAUCAUUAUUGGGAACACUUGACAUUACCACAGACAUUUUGAACAAGCUAAAGGCAGGUUUUACCCAGGUGACUUUCUAUACUCACUCAAGCUCAGAGAGGAUGUUCCAGCUUGUCACAAGUUCUGUUCUUAUAUAUAAAAUACGGAGGUUCAUUUUUGUCUGGAACAUCUGUAAAAUGGAGACAGGCAUUAAAUCUCAUAAGAGCUAUUUUUGUAAAAUGAACAAAGCCUGGUUUUUUGGUUAUUUUCAGUGUGUGUGUGUUGUGGUGGGGGAAAGCAGCACAAAUCCACAAAAUUCCUGCAUCCUAUGCCUAGAUCUAAUGUAGAGAAUUUAAUACAGUCUUUCCCUCUUAUCUUUGUAUUAGUUUCUUGUUGACUGAGCUAGUAAUCUUUAUUUUAAAACUAUUCUGGUCCAGUCCAGAGCUGUGUAACACAGCAGGCAAGACAUCAUUUGGCAUUGACACCUUCUUGAUUGCUGAACUGGAUUUGUUGUUUUUUUUUUAAAUACAGCUCUCCCAAGCAAUCCAGCAUCAAAACCUAACCUAGUGGUUCCUUCCAAAACAGCAAAGGGUUGGUCACAAGGUUGAGCCCGAGGCUGCUGCUUCUCCCGAUGCUGAUCCCUCUCCAUCCUGACCUGAAACAAGGCUGUCAUGGACAAACAGACUCAGCUUUGAGCCAGGGCAAGGAAAUCACUAACUUAACACUUAUAAAAUGCCCACAGGAAAGAAGGGGGAGAGCUG